AUGUCACGAUGGAUACGUUCAAUAUCGCUGGGAAAUGGCAUGAGCUCUCAUUUUUCCGAGGACGAGAACGAACAAAAUGAUACCGAAAUGUCUCCUACAGAAACACUCACGCGGCAACAUACGCAACAGAACACCAAACUCAACUCAAGACCUUCAGUCGCGGAUGAAACGGCGGUGGAAGUACAAGAUUUCCUCAAGAAUCAUGUACACGCGUUCGAUGUCAAGAUGCUUGUGUCUUAUAACCUCAAGAAGGGGCGCAUAUCACGAGAUGUGUUGGUGAUGACUUUGAUAUACAACCAGAAGCUGACUUCAUUAGACGCUCGAAAACAUAGUCAGGACUGCAACAGUGGCCAUGCCAGUGCACAAGCGGGAACAUAUUUGUCACAAUCACAAGAUGCUCGCAAUCAGGUUGACUGUGCGAGUGCGUACACGUCCGAUAGCGAUUCUGAUAUGAAUAUGGCAUUAGAAAUGGACAAUAGUGUGCCUGCUGGUAAUCUACAGUUCAUUGAUCCAUCAUACCAAUCAGAUAAGAAUCCACUUGACUCGAGCGAAUUGCCUUCACGAAGACGGACACAAGCAGAAAACGAGUUAUCGGUUGAAAAGGACAUUAAAAUCAAGAAGUUUGGAAAGUUGCGACCCCGAGAGGUCGCAGAGUGUGAGGCGGUGCUCUCCUGUUCACAGUGCCGAUUCCUGGGGUGUCUUAUACUGGCGUCCAAGUAUACUGAGGACACAGUGACCAGUAAUAAGCAAUGGGCUGACAGUACGCGCAUGCCGGUGUGGUAUGUGAACAAAAUCGAACGCCACUUGUUGUACAGAUUGGAGUUCAAUCUACAUGUCCCGGGAAAUCUGUGGGACAAAUGGUGCAAGGUGGUGUACGCACAGGUGCUCAGCACUAUGGGAUUUCCCACGGAUCCUACGGCUGUAGGUCUGCUAAAUACACAGUUCAGUGACACCAACACACACGAUCUGAUUUCUGCAGCAAGGCGCAGGGUGACUACAUACGCCUCAGAGGUGGGUACAGGGGUAAUUAGUAAUGUAGCCUCUAUGCUGCCUGCCCCAGCUGCUGCAUUUGCUGCACCGGUUAUCGCGACAUACUUCCCUAAAUUUAGUAAUGGGCAGAUCAAAUCCGGAGAGAGUGAUAUAGAAAACGUGACACAGGGAAGCCCAGAAGUGUCCCAGUUACAACAGCAAUCCGGCAAUAUGGGAGAGAUUCAGUCGACAGAAAGGAAUGGUGUACCUCAAUGUGAUUUCAGUUACCAGCAACAACAGAUGCAGCAACGGAUGCAGCAACAGCAGCAACAGCAGCACCAACAACAACAACAGGUACAAGAACAACAAGAACAACAGCAGGUGCAACAACAACAACAACAGCAGCAACAACUUCAAGAACAACAGCAACAUCUACAACAACAACAGCAGCAACAACUGCAAGAGCAAGAGCAACAACAACACCAAAACAACAUUCAGGAACAACUGCAGCAGCAACAGCAGCAACAGCAGCAACAGAAACAACAACAGCUACUGCAACAACAACAACUUCAGCAACUUCAAUUACAGGAACAUUUGCAUCAGCAGUUCGAGCAGCAGAAGCAGGAGCAUAUUCGCCAGCAAAUGCAACUGCAGUACGAGAUGCAACAACAAUACGCCGAGCAACAAGCUAACCAGCAACAGCCGUCAGACCCCGAGGUCCAAUGGCGAUACCAAGAACACUACGAACACCGUCAGAGAGAGCUUGAGGCUCAGCAGUAUCGAGAACGGCAGUCGUUUCGGGAGACUCAGCGAAAGCAGUAUGAAGACUAUUUGAGAGGUAAGUCAACUCAGCCACAGCAGCAAACGCAGAUGCAGCCACACGCGCACGACAGGGCCCAAGCACUCAUCAUGUCGAACAGCCGAGAACUCUCGGGCGAUCGCAUACAGCAUCAGCAGCACAUGGGGUUGCCACCACAGCGUGGACCGCCUACGCCAUUACAGGUAUUGUCACCGUAUCUGUCACUUUCGUAUAUGGGGGGUGAUACGGCGGCGCGCACGUCGGCCCUACAAGUACCCAGACCGCACUCAGAACCACCCACCCUGUCAAACAUUAACCAAAUCGGCAGUAUCGCAUACCCCAUCCCUUUAAGAACCCCUCAGCUCGUACCUCAAGAUAGAAUGGACAUCUAUCAGCAAUAGAACAUAAUGCGUACUGACUGUACGUUGGGUCCCAGGCAAGCUAUAUAAUUGGAAAGUGUAUAGUUGUUCAGCAUCGGCAGUUCGGUAGACCCACAAUUGAUGUCUCCGACCCACGUGAUAUUGGUGUUGGACAGCAGCAUCGACAUGGGUUGGUUCUUUGGCUAGGGGGUUCAUACCUACUAUGUGCUUGUGAUCAUACUCUCAAGCAAGUUUGCGUGGUGGCUUACUUGUGAAUGUUUGGCGUAGUUGUCCACUCAAUGCAUAUAUGUGAAAUAUCGAAAUUAGAAAACCGUCUUUCACAGCCUGUGCACUUUAGAUUUGGAGGUAAUCAAAGAGAUAAAUGAUUUCACCUCUGGGAGUGCUGCCAACCCGGAUGGGAGCAUUGAAUGACCGUGAUGAAUCAUCCACUUAUUAGUAGCUAGGAGUAGUAUUAAAACACUGA